UCAUUGACAGUUUCAAAUUUUAACGCAAAAUUUAAUGCUUCCACAAAAUUAGUAAAAAGUGAAUCUGAGUGAAAGUAACAAGGCUGUAAAUAUAAUAUUUGAACCAUCAAAAAUUCCAGAUUAACAAGUAUGGAUGAGGUUCAUCGGGCACACAAGCAGGAGUCGGACAAGUUGGAGCACGAUAUAGAGGACUCACAGAUGAGCAUCGUAAAUUGUGAAGCAAGUGCACCAAAAUUGGAGGACCGAUUUCGGUUCUUCCAAGAAAUGAGGGGGUAUGUUCGCGACUUGGUUGAAUGUUUGAAUGAAAAGGUUCCGAUGAUCAAUGACUUGGAGACGAGGAUGAAUAAUUUACUCAGAAAUAGGUCGGCCAAAUUUGCGAGCCGUCGUCAACAGGAUAUACAAGAUCAAUGCCAAGCUUACAUGACAAACAAAGCACAAGUUGUUGUAGAUCAUGACAAUCAGCUUAGACAGCGUAGGAUAGCUGAAAGAGAGGCUAGAAGGGCUCGGAGACGGAGAGGGCGGGAAGGAAAGAACAUCUCGGGUCAUCACGAGGGUCUGUCAUCUGACGAUGAAGAGAAUCAAUCAGAAAUUACUAAAUAUUGCCAGGAAAGAGAUGAGAUAGAGAUGAGAGCAUCUGAAGUGAUAGAGGAUGUGGUAGACGACUUCAGUGAUACAGAUUGUGUUAGAGAGAGAUUCAUGAGCUGGAAACGGAAAUACGGUGACACAUAUAAAGAGGCUUAUAUAGGACUUUGUCUCCCUAAACUUGUCAACCCAUUUGUGAGACUGCAGUUAAUCAACUGGAAUCCAUUUGAUGAACGGUGUAAAGACGUUGAAGAGAUGAAAUGGUUUGAUUCCCUGUUAUUCUAUGGUUUUGAAGAAGGCAGCCCAAUAGAUAAAGAUGAUGAUGAUAACAAACUUAUACCAGCUGUAGUAGAUAAGAUAGUGCUACCUAAACUCUCCUAUUUAGCAGAGAAUGUAUGGGACCCUCUGUCAACAACCCACACUUGUAGGUUUGUCAAACUUGUUAAAAAGUUACUGAAAGACUAUCCAACAGUGAAUGCGAACUCGAAAAAUACACAAAAUUUACUGAAGGCAUUAGUUUUACGGAUGAAGAAAACAUUAGAUGAUGAUGUUUUUAUGCCUUUAUAUCCAAAAACAGUUCUGGAGAAUAGAAAUUCUGGACCAAGUGUGUUCUUUCAUAGACAGUCAUGGACAUGUAUAAAAUUAUUGGGGCAUUUCUUAUCAUGGGAUGGUAUAAUCUCGAGAAAGGUAUUACAGGGUCUAGCUCUAGAUGGUCUCCUCAACAGAUAUAUAUUGCUUGGUCUACAGACUGCUCCCUUCAACCAGGAAACACUUCUCAAAUGUCAAACGAUUGUUUCUUCUCUGCCAAAAACUUGGUUUGAAGAGCUGAACGAGGACAAGACAAUACCCCAGCUUUGAAAACUUUUGUCGAUUUCUUUGUAUGCUGCACAGCUGUUGGAGAAAGCUGCUGUGACUUCAUCAGAAA